CCUACAUACUGGGUAAACGCUGGCGUAUGGGUGGAGAUCUAUUACACGGAAGAUGUCCCUCUAUGGUGGGGACGAUUUGAUAAUAUCCAAACCACAGGUAUCUUCAACUUUACUUUUCAUUUCUUUCUUCUCAGUCCUAACGGCUUAGGUGCUGGAACUUCUAAGAUUGGUGGUCUACCCAACAACAAGCAUUGUGAGCGGUGUAAUCUCUACCCGGUCCCAUAUCCGGAUGAAGUUGUGACCCUCGACGAUGAAGGCAAUGGUGCAGGUGUUGCUGAUAUUACAGUAGCCGAAGAUCCACUAAAUUCGACAUUCCGAGUUCUUAUGAAUGAGCGUAAAGGAGAUGCUGCUGAAGAAUGGGAGGAUGUUGCUGAAGUUAUAUGUAGUUUGUGCUCUACAGCCACCUCGGAUGCGAAUAUCGAUGCAGCAUUACUUACUAUGGAUAAAGAGUUGGAGAAAUGUCGUGAUAUAAUGGUGAAGAAGGCUGCAAAUAUG